GCAGCCGCCAAAUUUAAAAACUUGUCGUGGAUGUUUACAGCUGAACAGCUUCGUGGUUGACAGAAAAAUACACGAAAAGACUCGUGAAACAUGGAGGCAGCUUCCACUAAAGGUGUUUUGAGUCAUUUGAGUUUGCUGGAGGUUCAGGCAAGAAGUCGCAGGAGUCGACCUCAGCAGCAGAGUCGAGUGACGGAGCUAAAGGCUAAAGUUGAAGCGCUGAAGGUGCAGAAGGAGCAGCUGGAGGCAGAAAUACAAACACACCAGAAUCUCCAGAAACUGAGGUCAUCUUUGGACAAACAAUGUGCAGAUGAAGACGAUGUGGAAAUGGAAGAAGACUCAGAGAACUCAGAACUUUUGCGGCUGAUGGCCAGACAUACACAACUGAAAGAUCUGCUGCACGCUCAUCACCUCAUCGGUGGGUAUGAUGUCAUCAAGACUCGCCAGGGUAAAGGAGUUUGCGUAUCUCUGGCGACGGCCUACGAGGGCGUCUACUUAGACACCUACAACCUGGAGAUUGACCUGAAGCCAGCAGUGAGGAUCAGCCGCCACAACAUCCCCCCCUUCAUCCCCGUGAACAGCCUUGCCAAGGAGAACAACAUGCAGACACACAUGAGGGCUUUUCUGGACGCCCUCAGUCAGCAUCUCAACGCUUUUGCCGGUCGCAAGCAGGAGCUGAAGCUUCUUAAGGAGCAACACAAGUCCGUCGAAGUGAUGGAGAGUAAUGUUCUGUGUUCGAUACUGGUGCUGAUGUUCACGGUGCCGAAAGAGAAGACGGCCGUUCUCUGCACGUUGGACUACAUCGACCACAGCAGUUGUCUUCCAAAGAGAGUCCACCUCGAAUGUGAAGACAAGCAGCUUCCCGACUCUCCACAGUGGAAGAAAAACUGCAGCUUACUUAUGGAGACUCCAGUGCACACAGCUUUGACCGCCAUGAGGAAAGUGGGGGAUAUUGUUUAAUUUAUUCAGCCAAGUGUAUAAAAUCAGCUUCGUUUUAACAUUUUGACAAAAUAGUCAUGUACAUACUCAUUGUUUAUGAUGGAACACUAUCAGUUUUCUUGUGUUGAGGUAUUGAGUUGUAAAUAAAACUUUUACGUUCCUCUA